AUGGCAAGCUCAUCGAAACCUAUCUCGGCUGCGGCCGUCCAAUCACAUACCACGCGUCAGGACUGCUGGAUUGUCGUCGAGGGAAAAGUGUACGACAUGACGAGGUUCGCGCCAGAGCAUCCAGGGGGAGCGGACAUAAUAUACGCAUAUGCCGGUAGAGAUGCCACCGAGGCUUAUUUGGAGGUCCACGAACCCAAUCUCAUCAAGACCAACCUUUUGCCUCAAGAGCAGAUUGGGGAUCUGGACCCAGGAACUAAGCUUCCAGAUGUGCCGCCGGGUCAAGACUUGCGAGCAGAUCGAAAGAAAGGAGAUAAACCAUCACUCGACACUUUUAUCAACUUAUACGACUUUGAAGAUGCAGCAAAGACAUCCCUCUCGGAGAAGAGCUGGACCUUCAUCUCAGGCGCCUCGAACGACAAUAUAACCCGAGACGCUAAUCACGAUCUAUUCAGAAAAAUAUGGUUCAGACCUCGGAUAUUGAGGAACGUUUCGACCGUGUCUACGAAAGGCACGAUGAUGGGUUGUCAAGUGGCACUUCCCAUAUGGAUUGCGCCGGCAGGAGUUGGCAAGACAGCUGGGCCAGAGGGCGAGCUGGCGCUGAGCAAGGGCGCUGCAGCCAGCGGCAUCAUACAGACGAUAUCGACAACAGCAUCAUUCCCGUUGCUUGAGAUCCUCGACGCCGCGGGCAAGGACCAUCCUUUCUUCUUCCAAUUAUACAUCAAUAAAGACAGGUCAAAGACCGAAGAGCUUCUAAGAGUCAUCAACAGCCGGCCGCAGAUCAAAGCUUUGUUUGUCACCGUCGACCUUCCCGUCGUCUCAAAAAGAGAGGCAGACGAACGGAUAAAACUCGACACGUUAUAUUCUAGCGGUCUCGGAGGUGCUUCAGCUGGGAGCGACCACAAGGGUUCGGGGCUCGCGAGAAGUGUGGGAUCUUUCAUUGACCCCGCGUUCUGCUGGGACGACCUUGCCUGGUUGCGCCGACAAACAAAUUUGCCGAUUGUUCUGAAAGGCAUUCAAUCAGCAGCUGAUGCCAGAAUCGCCAUGCAUAUGGGCUGUCAGGGGAUUGUCGUGAGCAAUCACGGAGGUCGGGCUCUGGACGGUGCUCCGGCCUCCAUUCUCGUGCUCUUGGAGCUCCACAGGGAGUGUGCAGAGGUGUUUGAUCACAUGGAGGUGUUCAUCGAUGGAGGAUUCAGGAGGGGAUCCGACAUCCUCAAGGCAAUUUGCCUUGGAGCAAGUGGUGUCGGCCUAGGCAGACCAUUCAUGUAUGCCAUCAACUAUGGCAAAGAGGGCGUGAUGCAUGUCGUCAACAUCCUCAAAGACGAAGUCGAGACAGCUAUGCGCUUAGCAGGCCUCAAAUCACUCGACGAAGCCGAUCCAGCACUGAUCAACACCGCGGAGUUGGAUCCUCUCGUCCCUCGUGGAUCGCUUCAUCCUUAUGCACGCAGACGCGAAGGCCCGAAACGACAGCACCGUCUUUAA